GUUCUCCGCAGUACGUGUCACAUGGCUCUACACUGCGCAUGCCCGGCCGUCGCCUAGCAACGGUACCACCGCUUGCGCCGGCGCGUGCAGCAGACGAAAAUCGAAUGAGCGCACUGGAGAAACACAAACUAUAAUAUACAACUACACCAGCAGGCGCGCCCGUGUGCCUGUGCAACGCCUCCUUGGCGUUGGCCUGUGGCCGUGAGCAGAUUUUCGCGCCACUUUUUCUGUGGCGGGGGUCACGAUGGAGCCUGCUGUGCCGAUAGCACCUGAAGAAGAAGUUUUAAAGAGGCACCUGCGGGACUUGAAAAAGUGUGGAAACACCUGGGCCGGUUAUGCAGUCUCCAAAGAAGUAUACGAAGAGCUUCUGAGGGACCUAGCCGCUGUUAAUGUGUGCUUACAAACUGAGCACUCCGUGAAGCCAAAAGGCAGGCUGAUGUUCAGCACUCAGCGCGGACAUGUGGUCGUGAAUGAAGACAUGCCUUUUAAGGUUGUCCAAGCCGUGGACAGAGGCUGCCUCUUUGGGCGAGACCUUCACAAGGUGCAAGAUUCAAGAAGUGCUCGACAGGAGAAAGACGCAGAAUGGUCAGCAGCUACCUUCCAACGAAAAAAGGUGAAGUUACAAGGAACGAAGAAGAAGGGCUGCACUGCAAUGAUGCAUGUAAAACAAGUGGAGUUGUUUCCGGAAUUCAGGAUUAACAUCUCAGAACAAUGUAGCAAAUGGCAGCACGAGACAGCUUCGAAGGAGGUGAUGUCCCGGCUGAGGUUGGCAUUGCAAGAAGAAUCUAGUGAUAAACCUGUUCUGCGCCAGCAUCGCUUCUAUGUCUGCAUGUCCGACAGGGAAAGUCACUGCAACCACGACAUUGAUGCCCGGUGUGCAGGCUAUGCGCAGCCAAUAAAUUCAGAAGUGUCAAAAAAGAUAUGUGAGCUUGUACAACAAGGUGUGACAUCUGUAAAAACAGUUGAGAGCUGUCUGAGGUUUUUUGUCCGAGAUGUACUGUUCUCAAACAAGCAGUGCCCCCCGACCACAUGCAGAGAUUUCUACCCUACAAAGACAGAUAUAAAAAAUCAUAUCCAGAAGGCACUCCGUAAGGAUAGAUGUAGUUCAAUUGAUCAAGAAAAUGUAGCUGUGUAUGUUGAACAAAUGAUUGAGAAAGCACCUGGAACAAGAUGUCUUUUGCGACCCUAUCAUGUGAAGUCAAUGGAACAUCAUUCAGAAGGGCAAGAGGAGCCGCUGGAUGAGUUACCUUACUGUGACGCUUUGGAAACUGUUGCACAGGAAUGCGAGCAGACACUGCUGCUUUGCAUUCAGACUGAGUUCAUGAGGGAACUGAUGCUUAAGUAUAGUGAUGAUGUGGUAUGUCUUGAUGCCACAUAUAAAACAACGGAUUAUGCCCUACCACUAUUUCUUAUUGUAGUGAAGACUGCAAGUUCCUAUGCUAUUGCUGGUGCAUUCAUGGUGCAAUUUGAAACAGCUGAUUGCAUCGAAGAGGCACUAAACACCUUUAAGGCAUGGAACCCAACUCUGAGUCCUAAGUUUUGGAUGGUGGACUACAGCCAGGCGGAAAUCAGCGCACUUUCUGCUGCCUUCCCGAACAGUCGGCCAGUCCUGUGUGAUUUUCACAGAGAACAGGCUUGGCACAGGUGGAUUUCAAAAAAAGAAAAUGAAGUAGAAGAUGUUGACACUGUGAAGAAAAUGCUCAGGCAAGUAGCAUCCAGUGCGAAUGAAGAUGAUCUAACAAAAGCUAUUGAAGCUGUGAAGCAGUCACCACAAUGGAAGAAAAAUGAGAAGUUGUAA